AUGACAGUUUCAUCUCAAGGUCAGGAAACUUUUUAUAAAUUAUUCACCUAUACCGUGAUUUUAUUACCGACUUUAACCUCGAUCCUAUUUCCCAUCAACUCCUCGAGCGUCCCCAGAAAUGAACAGAUUGGCAAUUUCAUCAUUGAUUUGCUAACCGUGGUGUUGAUCAGCUGGGUGGUGAGGUUCACCAUCGAAUGGCCAUACAACUGGAUGAAGCAACUCCAAGCGACUAAAACCUCGCUUUUAAAGCAGUUGAAGCUGGAAAAUAGAGAAAAUCAUGACAAGAUUAUCAUGUUGGUGCGCAAGAUUUACACCUUUGAAAUCAUUGCUUUACUAUGCUGCUUACUCUCGUCGAUUUUCAGCUCAACGUUGUUGAUUUGGACUAGAAAGUACACCAUAAUUGACCAAAAGAGGAAAAAGAUGGUUUUCAACAAUGUCAACAUUGCCUUGUUGCAAUUCUGGUCGAUUUUCAGAAUCAUCAUCACCUUUACUGAUCUGUUGCAAAACUCGUCGUUUAGCAAUGGCCAAGUACACAUGCCGGAUUCAAAUCUUCAGCACUGGUUGCAGGAUUUGAAACACUACUUUUUGCCCAACUUGGCCAACCAAAUCUUGUUGGACCAUUUGCAGUCGCAUAAUCGAGAAUUUGACAGGAUGAAGUUGGACUUGGCCAGGGUGCAAAGAGAGCUUGAAGAACGGAAUUUCCAAGCAACUUAUAAUUCUCCAAUAGAGGUCCACCGCCACAGAAAUAACCAGAAGCAACUUUCUUCUAGUCCAAACUACAAAGACGCCCGCAAGUUGGAAAACUAUGAGCACCCUUGCCAUGAGCUGUCUUCAACCAUUUCUCCAUUCCCAUUGAGCUUAUCACCAAAGGAUGGAGCAAUCUCGCCAUCUCAAACACAAUUUGAUUACUCCUCGGCGGCCCAGGCAUUACCACCACCACUACAACAUCAACAACAACCGCCACUACUUCCCAAGCGCCGUUCCUCUUUAACCAUGGGCAAGAGUCCAUUGAAAACGAUUAUUGAAGAAGACGACUUGGUGUUUGAGUCGUUGGAAGCUCCCUCGUUUAGCAGAUUCGACGAGUCCACUGAAGUCAUCCACCGCAAGUCGUUUUCCGAAAAUGUUGAAAGUGCAUUGAGAUCCAUCAAGCAAGAGUUGACUCUAUAUGAUAUCUACAAUAAUCCGAAAAGUGUUCGCAAGAUAUUGGUUGGUGAACUUACACCUUUGGUUAACCAAUUACAGUUUCAAGAUUACGAAAUUUUAAAGGCAUUUUUAAUGGAAGUGUUGGAUAAAUAUCUCUUGGCGAUUUACGUUCACGUUAUGGAACAAGUUGCAGAUAUCAUAAGCCACCCAAUGCACCACUUGUUUGCGUUGGUUACCCUUGCCAUUUGGACAAUACCGCUUUACACAAUCAAAUUUUAUUUCAGGUUACUCGUUGCCAUUCCCCAGGCCAUCAUCAGAUGGACCAUAAUUCAGCCAGCGUUUUUGGCAUAUUUGAUUGCAUUUGCUAUUAUUUCACUACCUUUUAAAGGCUCGAGAAUCAAAUUGGUUCAGGCAAGACCUAGGGAGAACUCAUCUGCGUCGCCUGUUCCAAGAUCAAAUACACCCACCACCAAGGAGAAUAAUACAUUGUUGAUGAACAAGUUGAUGAUUGAAAACCUGCCAACUCUCAAUAAUCAAUUCACAAUGAAGCAGUUUCAUUUAUCGCCAACUUUAAGCAAAGAAGAGCAUUUCAACUCGACUUUUCCUAUACAGGCGCAACACGGAACAAGGAAAUAUCGGUCUGCCCCAUUGAUCUCGGUUACUCCCAACGCGGUCAAAACAAAUAGGCUACCUCGGAAUCUUCGCUACGAACGUACAACUUCAUCGUUGUACGAUGAUUGA